AUGCAUCGCCUAUCCUUGCUCCUCACCAGCGCAGCGGCGCUCGUGCCGCAACGUACAACUCAAAGAUUGCAACCUUUGAAUAAUGACGUCAUCGAUGUAAGCGAAAGCGCGGUCGUCGAGCGGCUCGAGAACUCGCCCUACCCUUCCUUAGUGGAAAAGGUCGAGCUCUUCCUCGAAAAGCCUCUGAGUGGAGAGAACCAGUACCUCGUGAAGGGGAGAUACGAAGCGCCAGGAGCCGCUGUUUUAUAUUGUUUUGAUGAGAUCCGCGCGCAAGCGAAGGACAACCUCGCGGAGCCGGGCUUCCGACCGGGAGAGAUCCCGCCCUGGAUCAAGACGCAGAUGGUCGAAUUUUCAUUAACGUCGGUGAUGGAGGACGUCCUCAAGUACGGGGUCGAGUGUGAUGGUAUGUCGAUUCUCGACGAUACCGGUAACGGCGAAGAUUUGAUCCGGUGGGACGAGGAGCCCGAGAAGGAAAGUAAGACCUACGUCCUGGGCGCGCCGUACGUGUUUCAUGCGGCCUUCAACGCCACGCUACCGGAAGCUCCGGUCCUCGGCGAGGCGGUGACCAUAGAACAGCUCUACAAGUUGGACGACGCCGCGGCCGCGCGCGCGGCCAAGGUCCUGGCGAACAAGGGCAAGGUGCCGAACCUGAUGAGCGUGUCGUCUUCGGGGGGUGGCACGAAAAAGAAGAAGACCUCUGCCAAGAAGAAGAAGGGCGGGAAGGGUAAGAAGAAGCGAUAGACCACCACCGUAGUGUGCGGGUAGUGCUCGCUGGUCGGGCCGCAGGCCACUAGGAAUCGGCUGUCCCCUGCCAGUGCCAUCGUUCACAAUUUGAUGCUGUCUGAGUGUCUGGCCGUCCGCAACGCGAUGGUAUUGUACACACCUACCCGCACGCCGCCGCGGCGCGACGCGCUCCAAGCUGCCGUCGACGCGGCGGACAAGGGCAGCGCCAUCCGCCGGCGGGCAGCUGAGGCGGCGGCCACAGCGGGCGCGCUACGCAUCCGCGAGCGCAAGCUGGAACAGGAUCGCGAGGAGGCGCGUGACACCGCGCUCGGCGAGUACACGCGACGAGGCUACGAGCCGCCGAGCGACCGCCGCGCGGCCGAGACGCGUGCCCUCUCGUUCUCCUCCUCGUCGUCGGACGACGCGGACUACGCGCCCGGGGAGAUUCCCGAGGCCGCCGCGGCGGAGCCGUCGCAGAGUUGGCUCCAGCUGAUCUGCCCCUGGGCGCCCUGGCGGCAGUAG